AUGGUAAACAAAAAAAUAAUUACAUUCGAUAACUUUGGAGACGAAGAAGAAUGCAAGGAAGAUGUCAAAAAACUACUUGAGUCAGAAAAUGAAAAGAUUACUGAAAUGAUUGAAUCAUGUAAUAGAAAAAUUAUUCACGAAGAUGAAAACUUGAGAAAAGAAUUAAAAACUUUAAAGAAAAAGGUGAAUAAUUUAAAAGAAGAAGGAGAUUCAGUAAAGGAAAAAGAAUUAUUAAAAAUGCAAAUGGAGACUAUAAAAGAAUUAAUAAAAAAAAAUAAUGAACUUAUGGAAAAAGGCUUGUUUGAAGCUGUAGGAAGGGGAAUGGAUAAGAUAGUAGAUAAAUCGUCAUCUGGAUUCUUUAAUUCGCCUAAUGUAGUUGUGUUUUCUGCUACUUUUGGCUUUUUAUUAAGAAAGUUAAUUCUUUGGUACCAAUUAUCCUCAACAUCUUAUAAUCAGUUAACCAGUCUAAAUGUGAACAGUUGUCAGAAAUUAAAAUAUAUCAGUUGUGGUUUUAAUAAACUAACUAACCUUGACUUAACUAAUCUAACACAAUUAAAAAUAAUUGAAUGUAAUGAUAAUCACCUAACUAAAUUUGAUUAUUCGUCUUUAAAAAAUUCCGAGAAGUUAACUUAUUUAAACAUCAAACAUUUGGUUAAUGAUAUUUACAACAAAUUUACUGGUAGUUUAGAACCUUUAAAGGAUUUAAAACAAUUAAAAGAUUUGCAUAUUAGUUUUGAACAUCUGGAGGGUUUGGAAAGACUCGCUUGUGGCAAAACUGUAAUUAAGGAUGAGCUAACAAAAUACGAAAAUAAAGCUAACCAUGAUACUUCUUCAGUAAUUUCCUUAGAAAGAUUAUUUGUCAUUAGAAUAGGUGGUAGUUUAGUUUUAAUUGGACAGUCGGACACAGAAAAUCCCAAUUCUCAACUUUACACUCAAACAGGUGGUGUCAUUGCAAUUGUCUCUCCUUUUAUGGAAAUACUUACUUCCUAUAUAAAUGAUAAACUUUUUGAAGUUAGACAAGCAGAGUGGGAUGCAUUUGUGGAAGAUGCCAAAAAUCUGCUUGACAAUUAUCAUGAUUUGCAAGUAAUGCUGGGAGGGAUUGAAAAGAAAGAAGUAGGAGAAGUAAAUACAGCACUUAAUGAUUUAAGGGACAAAACUAAAACAUUUUUAGACAAGUAUGAUGAGGAUGGAAAUGGAACCAUUAACGUUUCAGAAUUAAUAGAAAAAAAAAAGAAAAAGUAA